AUUAAACAAGGCAUUAUACAUUCUGUUGCAUGGCUUUAAACACUCUUCCCACUAACAGGUAUAGACACAACUGAAGUCAAAUUAGGUGAUAACCUGAAAAUCAACCUAAUUCUGAACAAGCAGUCAAGUGGAAGCAAAGACAUCACUUAUCUGAUCACAAGCAGAGGUCAACUGGUGAAAUUUGGACGCUAUAAAACAAUAGGCCAAGUGUUGAUCUCCCUCAUAAUUCCCGUUACCAAAGAGAUGCUGCCAUCUUUCCGGAUCGUUGCCUUCUACCAUCCCAGCGAUAAUGAAGUGGUGUCAGACUCCGUUUGGGUGGAUGUUAAAGAUUCGUGCAUAGGCUCGCUGAAAUUAGAGCCAAGAGGACCUGCUGCUGUCUACGAGCCCCGAAAGAUGUUCAGUUUAAAGGUCUCUGGAGAUCCAGGUGCCACCGUGGGACUGGUGGCUGUAAACAAAGGUGUUUACGUCCUAAACAGCAAACACCGGCUCACACAGAAAAAAAUUUGGGAUGAAGUGGAGAAGUAUGACACUGGCUGCACUCCUGGUGGAGGGAAGGAUGGCUUGAGUGUGUUCUAUGAUGCUGGGCUGUUAUUUGAGUCCAGUACUGCAUCAGGAACAGCUUACAGACAAGGACAAUCCUGGAGAAAAUGGAUCUGCUGGAGAAGUACAGCAGUGAGUGAAAGAGAGGAGAGUGAAGAAAGAGAAGGAAGGAGAAACAGUGAUGAGCUUCUAGACCUAAGCAGAGGACAUGAGGCAGAAGAGCAGAGCGCACGAGAGAGGAGGGUAACUUUUGACCAACUUUAGUCUGCUGGAAAGAAUUGCUGUUAAAAUCCUUAGAUGUCUGAUAAUAAAUAAAUGAAGUUUAUGUUUGAUAUAUUAAA